CCCACUCCAUGUCCAGCGGUACACCGGGGACCUCAGAUGGAUGUUGCUAUGGAAGCCAAUGUGGGUGCUGCUGGCCGCAGGCCCCGCACAGAGCUGGACAACGAGGACUACUACCCCCAGGGUGGCUGGGACACAGUCUUCCUGGUGGUCCUGCUGCUCCUGGGGCUGCCAGCCAAUGGGCUCAUGGCGUGGCUGGCCGGCUCGCAGGCCCGGCAAGGAGCAGGCACACGGCUGGCUCUGCUUCUGCUCAGCCUGGCCCUCUCUGACUUUUUGUUCUUGGCGGCAGCGGCCUUCCAGAUCCUGGAGAUCCAGCACGGAGGGCGCUGGCCACUGGGGACGGCUGCCUGCCGCUUCUACUACUUCCUGUGGGGUGUGUCCUACUCCUCCGGCCUCUUCUUGCUGGCAGCCCUCAGCCUGGACCGAUGCCUGUUGGCACUGAGCCCACGCUGGUACCCUGCGCGUCGCCCAGCCCGCCUGCCCCUCUGGGUCUGUGCCGGGGUCUGGGUGCUGGCCACACUCUUCAGUGUGCCUUGGCUGGUCUUCCCCGAGGCUGCCGUCUGGUGGUAUGACCUGGUCAUCUGCCUGGACUUCUGGGACAGCGAGGAGCUGCCGCUGAGGAUGCUCGAGAUCCUGGGGGGCUCCCUGCCUUUCUUCCUGCUGCUCAUCUGCCACGUGCUCACCCAGGCCGCCGCCUGCAAGACCUGCCGCCGCCACCAGCCUAGGCCCACGACCUGCCGUGGCUUUGCCCGUGUGGCCAAGACCAUUUUGUCAGCCUACGUGGUCCUGCGGCUGCCCUACCAGCUGGCUCAGCUGCUGUACCUGGCCUUCUUGUGGGACAUCUACCCCGGCUACCUGCUUUGGGAGGCCCUGGUCUACUCCGACUACUUGAUCCUGCUCAACAGCUGCCUCAGUCCCCUCCUCUGCUUCCUGGCCAGCGCUGACCUCCGGGCCCUGCUGCACUCGAUGAUCUCCUCCUUCGCGGCAGCUCUCCGCGAGGAACGCCCAGGCAGCUUCGCACCCGCUGAGCCACAGACCCACAUGGACUCUGAGGGUCACACUCUGCCAGGGCCAACAGCUGAGGCCCAGCCACAGGCGAACCCCACGGCCCAGCCACAGGCAGAUCCCACGGCCCAACCGCAGUCAGAUUCUGUGGUCCAGUCUCAGCUGAACUCCACGGCCCAGCCCCAGGUGAACUGCGAGGCCCAGACCCCCAGAACUGCUGCCAGCUCAGCCUCCAGCCCCUGCGAUGAAGCCUCCUCUGCCCCACCCACAGAUCCCACCCCAGAGGCCCCUGAGAACCUGACCACACCUGCUGCCUCCGAGGGAGAAAGCCCUGGCAUUGCCCCCCGAGAGGAGGCCCCCAGCACAGGCCCAACGUGAGGGUCCAGGAGAGCCUAGGCCCGCCAGGGCAGAGGAAGAGCCAGAGGGAGAUGGAGGACCCAGGCAGUCAGAGAGGAGGGGAGCCGUGGAGGAAAUCACUGUGGAAAACCCCACCAAGACCCCUGGGCCUGGCAGGAGGACUUGGGGGAAGUGAAAAUGAAGCAGACAAAAGUCCCACAUGGUUUGUUGUGAGCAUCGCGUCCUUGCCUGAGUCCCACCAAGCUCUUCCUUGCUUGUCCCCCCACACGGCGGCCCAACA